UAUUUUCAGCACCUCCUGCCGUCCUGGACCACAGGCUCCAGUCACAACACAUGACAUGGUGUACAUCAUGACUGUAGCUUGUUCAUCAUACUCAUAGCUAGCUUCUCAACCUGCUUUCUUGUUCUCGUCUUGGGGACGGCCGAAAUCAGCCAUCACUUCCACCUAGUAUCCGCGGAGACUGCUGCUCACCGGAUGCACUCUUCCCUGCUAGAAGUAGUAUAAAUCUGCAGCUCCAUCCAUUAGUUCCAACAGCCGAGUGCGUUUGUAGUGUGGAGAGUCCUAAUCGAAAGUUUGUCUCUGCUGGAUGAUCGAGGAAUGCAUCGAGGCGGUCCAAAACAACUCCCGAGUGUGGACCACGGUUCUGCUCUAUGUCUUCAAGCGUUGACCAUUCUCAUGUUCGUCACGUGUGCGAAGAGCUCACUCGUCGUCCUUCCUGGUGUUGUACCGCCAGUAGACCGAUGUUGGCCCUAUGCUUCGGACAGUGUUCGCGAACAGUUGUUCACCAGACAAGUCCGCAACCAGAGGACGUUCUAUCGUACGACCGAAUCGUUCUGGUGUGCCCACACUAAUGGCUUGACUGGCAAUGUGCUCAACCUUGAGGAUCUGCGUGACUACAAUCUCGUUGAUCAGCCGAGUAAUGCCCAGCUGGUGCGGGUUCAGUGGAAUAAUGGUAUUGUGGCCGUUCACCGAAUGGGAGUCAACUCCAAGUAUGACCUUGACACUCGCAAUUUUAGCUCCGGCGUGCUGGCCACGUUCACCGCUGUGCAGCUGCAAGCGGCCCUCCGGCCUGGAACGGUUGUUGUGCCAACACGAUACAAUUUCCCAUACACGGACUGGCUGGAGAUCUGCAAUUCCGGUCUGACUGGACUCUCACACUCAACGGGAACAUACCACUCGUACAACAAUGCACGCCGCAUAGCUGUGGUCGCAUGGAAGUCAAUCUUUUCCAACGCAUCCACACUGGGAUUCCAUCGCUAUGGAAAUGGAGACUUUGAUCUGUGCUUCAGCGGAUGUUCCGACUUUGGCCAGUAUUCAUUGAGUGACUUUGGCAGCCUAUUCCAGGUUUGCUCGAUACUAGCACCCAGCCCAGACCUGCUCCAGUCGACACCGAAUAGUGAGGUUACUGUUGGUCACCAGUUCGUCGUCAUUCCACCUCACUUCGUUGGUAUUGACGUGCUGAACGCCACGAGCAGAUCAGACUUCAUCUACAUUGCCAAUUCCAGCUACGAGAACAUCACGUUCGUCAAUGCCCUCUCCAGCAGUAUCUGCAUCUAUGACAACGCGGCGUGUCCGAAGUGGGCAAACAUGCGCCUCGCCGACUUACUGGCACUCAUGCCAAACGGUUCAGUGAUCUCCAGCCUUGUGCCGGGCAGGUGGAGAGGCAGGGUAAUCUGGCCACCCGGCACGGUUACCACCCAGCAGCCAGGCAGUCUGUUCGACACAUUUCUAUCGGCCAGCAUGGGCGAGAAUAUGACGUUUGACUACUGCUUAUCAAGCUCAAAAUGGACCGACUGCCCUCGACCACUGGUGCCAUCACCAACAGACGCACCAGUGACCACCGUGCCACCUACAACUGCUCCGCCUCAAUGCACAUUGGAUCUUGUCGAACUCUUCUACGUGAUACUUGUGCCUCUGUCGGCAGUGUGCAUCAUUUAUUUAUCACUUCGCAAGCCAGGAAAGCCAUUCCGCUUGCAGCUGAAGCUUUCUCCUGUGGCGCCAGUCAACUUACUGGAUUUCCGCAUCGACCGGGUGCUGAUUGCCGUGGCGUACAUUGCCACUGUGCAGAUUGUGUUCCUGAUGUUCACUGGUAAUCUCCAGCUGCACAUCACCACUGCUAACUCUGUUAUCCAGCAAAAGUGGCUUAGUGUUGCUGUGACCAUACUGUUGACGCUGGUCAUUGGCUUCAGUUUCUACGUUGUGUUUGCUGGAAUGACUACUCACCAUCAGCCGGAGGGCACCAUCAUGGGCUUGGUUUUCUCCAUCUUAUUUAUUUUGUUCUACAGUUUACGGAUCUCAUCCUGCGUUGCAUCCUCGCAGGCGGAACUGAUUUUACAAGCAGCCCCGGCAUUCCUUUGCCUUGGCAUACUGGCUGUGUACUUUUUCAUUCGCCUUGUCCGCUAUGUUCUGGCGAUGGCGAAUAGGGAUGACAUGGUCAACCUGCUAGCCCGUUAUGAGUUUGGCCGAAGCACCAAAUGUGAGCUACCAUAUCUCAGAAGCCUGCUGAAGCGACGAUUUGUGGAGAAGAAGUUGAAUGAGCUGCACCGGGAAAUGGCCGACGAGAAGAUAUCCGUGUCCCGAUCUGUGCUCCGGCGCCUGUGGAAAACAAUUGUUGCUUUCAUGAAGGACAAUUUCCCCAUCCCUACGAGAAAGGACACAUUCAGCUACUCUCCAGCUUUCCUCAGCUCCAUAUUGCUGGGUCUUGUUUGUGUCUACAUGCUGCUUGUUGUGAUGGUGCCUCCCAUCUAUUCAAUCUUUUCGAGUGUUCAAAACUUAACUCAACUUACAGACAACGAGGUGGCCAGAGAUAUCUUGAACGUAAUUCCAGCUUCGUCGCUCUUAUCAACACUCAUUGCUACCUUGCUCAUCAUCCUGCAUUCACUGCACAUGCUGCGAUGCUAUAAGCGUCACAUGACCCGGCUCUACCGUGGUGACAGCUCAUUUAUGGCCCAUGCUUGCCCCCCGCCUCUGACACAAAUGAAAGCGUAUGGUCGCUUCCUUGGUCUCCAGGCAGGUUAUAUCAUAUGGGGCUUCUACAUCAAGGUAUUUCUAUUUCUGCUGGUAAUUCUCAUCCUAUCAGCCAUUAUUCUCCUGCUCAAGUACCUCGCUUUUGCGCGCAGUAUCUUCUACUCGUAUGUCUUGACGGCCGUUGGAGUUUCUGUCGUGACAUUUAUCAUCAUUCACCUGAUGGUGUCAUUCACACGGGACAGCACUGCACCGGGCAGAUAUGCUGUAAUCAAACAUAAGGCCGUGUACCACAACAUCGUAUACUUCUUUGUUUUCUACAACAUAGUGCUCGGUGUUGUGAGUGUUCUACUACGAAUGCUUUUCGUGGCCGCUUUCAACACUGUCAUGCUUAUGAGGCUGAACCGACCUCUCAUGCCUCGUGGAUGGGAAAGAUGGGAUUUCGGUUAUGCUGCCUAUUGUGGCUUCCUUCGAAUGGAGUUGGCGCACACACACCCUUGCAUGCUGGCAUUCGUAUCUUUGCUCAAGGAAGAAGCGGAUCGUCCAUUUGCGAUGAAACAAAGCAAAGCUGUCAGGCGUUGGCAUCUUGCUUACACCCUGGUCCGCAACCCUGACCUCAUCUCUCUGCGUCACCGUUAUCUGGGACAUAAGGCAGGCCGGGAGUCUGGACAGCGGCAGAUCUUGAUGCAUUCGAUUUCAAUGACCACGUCGAGUGAUCACCUUCUCCCCGAGAAUACGUCACUGAAUGCCACAUUGAGCGAUUCAGAGCUUCGGAAACUUUACCCACACACUGAGGCUUCUAUGGCAUGAAAUAAAACUACCAGUCGUCUGUAGUGUGUAGCGUGUAGCAUGGAUUUUACGGGCGAGAAGUGCUGCUAUCCUUCUUUGUUGUAUGGUACAUGUAGUUGAUCUACCAGUACUGCCAAAAUGCCUAUGGUCUGCACAUGGCUAUGUGUGUGUGUGCGCGUGUGUGUGUGUGUGUGUGUGUGUGUGUGUGUGUGUGUGUGUGUGUGUGUGUGUGUGCAUGUGUCACAUGCAUGAUUUAGGGUAGUAUGUUGUGUUCUUGGCGAGCUGGACAAGCUGAAUGUUGUGUUUUUUUUUAAUAAGUCAUGCUAAUCAAGUGAAAGUAAUUUUGAGGCAUCUUGCAGCUUCAUCUGUCAAUCAGUCUUCGGUUUUCUUCGCUUUCCACUAACCUUUGUUCAGUUUUUCACUUUAAUAUCAUUAGCCAUAAAUAAGCAUUUCUGGUGCUGACCCCUGAUGUUUGGUGAUUUUAGUUUCCGAUAUUUACUAACCUUUGUUCAGUUUUCCACUUAUCGUUAGCCAUAAAUAAGCAUUUCUGGUGCUGACCCCUGAAGUUUGGUGAUUUUAGUUUCCGAUAUUUUUUUAAUAGCUUUUAUCUCUUUUGAAUCCUGUUUCUUUCCUUGGAUAUUUUGAGCUUGAAAAUCUGUUCCACUAGGUCUGUUUCAACCAAGAAAAUGCGGUGACCUGCACUAUUUUAUCCAUACUUCCUUGCCACUACAACUUAGUUUUUUUCUGGCCACGUUGCAGGUUGGCAAUGUUGAUAAACUUUUCGAAUCCAGUUCCUUCGGCAUUGGAAUGUACAAGUCGUGUACUUGAGCUAAUGUUACUACUUUAUCCGUG